UGAAUCCUCUUUAGCCUGUAAAUAUAUCAAACAGACAAGUAUAUGAUAUGAUAACUCCAACAGCUGGCUGUUGAGGGCCAAUUUACUAAUUUCCAUUCAGUACUUUGCUUCUUACCGUACUCCUAGCGUAUGUUUUGAAUCUAAUUUUGUAGACUCUCAUUCAUUACUCUCACCAUGCCUCCACGAAAACAGGUCUCGAAAAAGGGGCCGUCUAAGGUUGGAGGCGCAAAGAUGCCGGAGACGAAGGAAGAUUUCGAGGAGGAGCUCAAGUUAAUGGCAGAUCAAGCCAAGGAUGAAAGCUGGUCCAAUUGGGCAGUUCAGCAGGGUAUCAUCUACGGCAAAGCCUUGUCGCUCAUCGCGCUCAUGGCUGUUUAUGCUAAUGUUUCCCUGCUGACUUUAUCGCCUGUAUAUGGUCAAAUCGCCGCAACUAGACUACAUGAGAGAAUUGUUUGGUCAGCUUUGUUCGUGGGAUGGGGAGGAAAUCUGGCCCUAAGGCGAGCCUUGCCAGUGAAGACGAUCACGCUGCUGCCCCUGGUAGCCGCGUACAUCCCCAUGGCGCAAUUCUUCCUCUUCCAAGCGAGUGAGACCUUUGGUGCGAAGCUAGGACCAGCUAUAACCGAGGCUUUCACAUUAUUUCCGUUAGCUAUGUUCAGUACGGCCUGCCUUGCGGAUGUCCUCGAAGGUGCUGAUCUAAGCCGCUUGCCGAAAUCGAUUGCAGGCCCUGCGCCUGGUAUGGGCUCGUAUGCUGUUCUCAAAUUCAUCGAAGCACAGUCGAUGCGGCAAUUGAUCUCUCAGAUCGGUAAAUCGGUCUUUCAAACUCGUGUUGGUUUAGAGCUGGUGUUAGCCUCAGCGUACAGUAUUUUAGCCCCAUCGAAACUCAUAGUUUGGGCUAUUCCGGCGCUUUUACAUACUACGUUCUAUAAUACACACCUUAUGACACCUAUGGCCACGAGUUCCUUAAACACGACACUCCAUACUAGCGGGUGGUCACUGGUUGAUCGGGGAGAGUCAACGACAGGGUACAUCUCAGUUCUGGACAGUUAUAAGGAUGGGUUUCGAGUUAUGCGAUGCGAUCAUAGUCUACUCGGCGGUGAGUGGACUAAAUUUGAGCGCAAAAUAGUUGCGGAACCAAUCUAUAGCGUCUUUACACAACUCGAAGCUGUGCGCCUUGUCCAGAUUCUGAACAAAGCACCAGAUAAUGAAGCGAAGGCUUUGAAUAUCGGUCUUGGAAUCGGGACCACCCCAUCAGCUUUGAUAGCUCAUGGUAUCGACACCACUAUUGUUGAAAUCGACCCGUUGGUCUAUGGCUUUGCCAAGAAAUAUUUUGGGCUGCCAUCGAACCACACAGCAGUAAUUCAAGACGCUAUCUCAUGGAGUCAAUCUAACAAGGAAGAACUCUACGAAAACUACGACUACAUUGUCCACGACGUAUUUACAGGUGGCGCAGAACCAAUCCCGCUAUUUACCGAAGAGUUUCUAUCGGGUCUUAAACACAUGCUUAAACCCAACGGCGUGAUAGCUAUCAAUUAUGCUGGUGACUUCACGCUUCCGCCUCUUGGUAUCGUCAUGAAUACGAUCAAAACAGUCUUCCCGUCAUGCCGAAUCUUCAGGGAAGGAGAACCACCUUCGGCGGAAAUGGUCGAGGAAACAGGUCGCGAUUUCGACAAUGUUAUCGUCUUUUGUACGAAGACGGACGAGAAAGUUACCUUCCGGAAACCUACCGAUGCCGACUUUCUCGGUAGUCUCUCUAGGAAAGCAUACCUCUUCCCCAAACAUGAAGUAGAUGAAUCGGCCUUUUCGACUACCGCCACAGAUGCCGGAAUUCUCAGGGUGAAUGAGACCGAGAAGCUAGCAAAGUGGCAUGAUCAGAGCGCUCUUGGUCAUUGGGCUGUCAUGAGGACUGUAUUGCCGAGACAUGUCUGGCAACAGUGGUGAACGAAAUUCUCUGCCCAUUGCGAGUUCUGUACGUUCCAUUAUGACAACCUAUAUACCCAUUACCUAACAGAGUUAAUGUAAAUGUACAAUUAAGUGCUUGAGCAUAUCAAAUUGUUAUGCCAACGUAAAGUGUUCUGUUCUUUUAGGGUAUUAUUGUACGUAAAAACACAGCCACCAAAUUGAUUUAAUCAUUUCGAUAAGAAUGAAGAAUUCCUUCCGCGAUACUAUAGACUGUGACUUCCUCAAUAUCUCAGUCUAUUGCUAGGUGCCCUACGAUUUUCGUCCUACCCCUGAAUCUUAGUGGCUUGCCGCAACUUGCGCGCCGUAGGCCGCCUGAUAAAAUCUGCCAAGUUCACGUGAAGACUGCUCAUAUUCUAUUUUAUUCAGUAUCCAAGAC